GGCCGGCGCCGUCGGACGCUUGGGGCCCCCUGCGUGGCUGGGCAAGCCCAUGGAGAGCGCAGGGGCCCGGGAGGCACAGGGGGCCCAGCCCUCUGCGCCCCGGCCGCCCCCUCCCUCACCGGCCGAGCAGGCAGCCCCGGUCCCCAGCGCCCCUCGCAUCCGGCCCCGACUGGUGUUCCACACCCAGCUGGCUCACGGCAGCCCCACGGGCAAGAUCGAAGGCUUCACCAACGUCCGGGAGCUGUACGCCAAGAUCGCCGAAGCCUUCGGCAUCUCCCCCACCGAGAUUCUGUUUUGCACUCUCAACAGCCACAAAGUGGACAUGCAGAAGCUGCUGGGGGGCCAGAUUGGGCUGGAGGACUUUAUCUUUGCCCAUGUGCGCGGUGAGACCAAGGAAGUAGAGGUCACAAAGACCGAGGAUGCCCUGGGACUCACCAUCACAGACAACGGGGCAGGCUAUGCCUUCAUCAAGAGGAUCAAGGAAGGAAGCAUCAUCAAUCGGAUCGAGGCGGUCUGUGUGGGCGACAGCAUAGAGGCCAUCAACGACCAGACCAUCGUGGGCUGCCGGCACUACGAGGUGGCCAAGAUGCUCCGGGAGCUGCCCAAGGCCCAGCCCUUCACCCUGAGGCUGGUGCAGCCCAAAAGGGCCUUCGAUAUGAUUGGCCAGAGGACACGAAGCAGCAAGUGCCCUGGGGAGGGGAAGGUGACCAGCGGCAGGGAGACGCUUCGCCUUCGGGCCCGGGGUUCUGCCACAGUGGAGGAGGUGCCCAGUGAGUUUGAGGAGGAGGCUGCCCGAAGGGUGGAUGACCUGCUGGAGAGUUACAUGGGCAUCCGGGACCCAGACCUGGGUAAGGGGCCAGGCCUCAACUCUGGUGGAGACGUCCAAAGAAACUCAGAGCGCUCAGGAGUUUGCGCGAGGCUUGGACUCCGUCUUGGGCGAGUUUGCCUUCCCCGACGAAUUUGUGGUGGAAGUGUGGGCAGCGAUAGGAGAGGCCAAGGAAGCCUGCGGCUAGGCAGGUCUCUGGCCCAGGGCCCAGCCGCCCAGGGAGGCCCAGAAUGCUCUGCCCGGCCCCCGCCCGGGAGGCCGCGGCCCAAGACACCCAGCUCAGCCCCCCAGCCCCAGGCACCAACCCAGGCUCUGAAAGCUGCUCCCCACAAGCCAGCUCUGCCUCCGGGCGGCCCCCAGAAGCCAGGCCAGCCUUCUGAGCCCCCCAGACAAGCUCAGUGCUCUGGCCACCGAAAGCCAGCCCAGCCCUCUGCUUCCCAGGCCCAGAUCCCCGGCUCCCAGAAGCCGCCCCAGGCCUCUGCACCCCCCAGACAAGCGCAGGGUCCUGGCUCCCAGAAGUCUGCUCAAGGCUCUCACUCCCCAAAGUUAGCCCGGGGAACCUGUCCCCAGAAGAUGGUGCAGCCUGCUGAGCCCCCCAAACAGGCUCAGGGUUCUGGUCCUCAGAAACCAGCCCAACCUUCUGAUAGCCCCAAACAGUCCCCAUCCUCUGGCCCCCAGGAGACCGCCCUGCCCGCAGGGGCCUCAAAACAGAGCCGAGCUUCUGACUCCCCCAAACAGGCUCAGUGCUCUGUGCCUCAGAGUGUGGGCCAAUCUUCUGAACCUUCCCAAAAGGCUCAGUGUUCUGAUUCCCCCAAACAGGUUCAGUUCUCUAGCUUCCAGAAGCCAGCUCAGACCUCUGACUCCCCAAAACAGGCUCAAUGCUCUCAUCCUCAGAAAUUGGAAAAUACCCUAGAUCCCUAUAAAUUAGGCCAGUCAGAUGAAUCCCACAAACAGACCCAGCCCUCUACCCCACCAAAGUUGGCCCAAUCUACUAAUUUCUCAAAACAAACUCAAUUAUCUGGUCCCCAGAAGUUAAACCAGACUUAUGACUCCCCAAAACAAGUUCAGUUCUCUGACUUGCUGAAACCAGCUCAAUCUUCUGAUCCCCCAAAACAAAUUCAGUUCUCUGACCCCCAGAAGUCAGCCCAGUCUUCCGACCCUCCCAAACAGGCUCAGAACUCUGCUCCCCAGAAGUUGACUCAUCUUUCUGACCUCCCAAAACAGGAUCAGUUUUCUGGCCCCCCAAAAGUGGCCCAGUCCUCUGAUAUUUCAAAACAGGUUCAAUUUUCUGGUCUGGUGAAAACUGCUCUGCAUUCUGAUCCCCCCAAACAGGCUCAAUUCUCUGGCCCCCAGAAAUUGGCUCAGCCCUCUGACUCCCCAGUACAGGUUCAAUUCAAUGGUUCCCAGAAAUUGGCUCAGCCUGCUGAUACCCCCAAGCAGACCCAAUACUCUGCUCCUUCAAAGUUGGCUCAGACUACUGAUUCCUCAAAACAAGCUCAGUUAUCUGGCCCCCAGAAACCAGCCCAGGUUUCUGAGUCUCUAAAAGAAUCCCAGCACUCUGCUCCCCAGAAGUUGGCUCAGCCUUUGGACCCUCCAAUACAGGUUCAAUUCUCUGGCUCCCAGAAGCCUUCCCUGCUCUCUGACCCCCCAAAAUAUUCUCAGUGCCCUGGCUCACAGAAGUCAGCCCAGUCUUCUGAUCUUCUAAAUCAGGUCUCACAAUCUGCUUCCCAAAAAUUGGCUCAGCCCUCUGGCCCCCCAAAACAGGUUCAGUUCUCUGGCCCCCAAAAGCCUACUCAGUCCUCUGGUUCCUCAAAACAAGUUCACUUCUCAGACCUUCAGAAGCCAGUCUUGCUCUCUGACCCCCCAAAACAUGCUCAAUAUCCUGGCCUUCAGAAGCCAGCUCUGUCUUCUGAUCUUCCAAAACAGAUCCCGACUUCCGCUCACCAGAAAUUGAUUGAAACUUCUGACCCCCCAAUACAGGUUCAAUUCUUUGGUUCCCAGAAGUUGGUUCAGCUCUCUGACCCUCCAAAACAUGCUCAGUGUUUUGGCCCUCAGAAGCCAGCCCAGUUUUCUGAUCUAAAACAGGACCAGCAUUCCACCCUCCAGAAAGCGGUUCAGCUUUCUGAUCCCUCCAAGCAAACUAGGGCAGCUCAGCUCUCUGGCUCCCCAAAACAGGCUCAAUUCUCUGGCUCCCCAAAGCCAAACCAACUCUCUGACCCCUUAACAUAUGCUCAUUGCUCUAGCCCUCAGAAGUUAGCCCAGUCUACUGACCAAAAACAGGACCAGAAACCGGCUCAGCUCUCUGAUUCCCCCAAACAAGCUCAGCCCUCUGGCCCCCCAAAGCAGGCUCAAUUCUCUAGCCCACAAAAGCUGGCCCUGCUCUCUGACCCAACAAAACAGGUUCAGUGUCCUGGCCCUCAGAAGCUAGUUGAUACCCCAGACUCCCAGAAAUCAGCACAGCCCUCUGAUCCCCCAAAGCAAGCGAGGGAACAGAAUCCCCAGAAGUUAGCUGUGACCACUGAACCCCAGAUGCCAUCUCCCAAACAGGCUCAGAGCUCUGGACCCCAAAAGCCAGAUCAAGUCAUCAGCCCUCUGAAGUUGGCUCAAGACCCCAGCCCUCAGCUGCAAGCUAGACAAAGCCCCUCCAGCGUGGGCACCAGACCCCGGCCCAGUUCCCCACACAAUCCCUUGGUCCCCAUCCCCCUUACCCGGGCUCCUCCCCUCUAUCCUCCUUCAGGGCCCCCCAAACCUCGCUCUGGGAUCCGGGGAGCCACUCCUACUCCUCAGGGGUCCCUUCCUAGUCAGGGUGGUUUAUCACAGACCCCUCCUCAAAGUGGUUCUGUCCCUCUUACCCAGAAUGCCUGGGUCCCAGGGAGCUGGGGCCAGGGCCCAGGAGGAGACAUCGGAAUCAAGAGGAGACGGGGAGACCAGAUGGAAACAGGGAGUUCACUUUCCUCUAGCUCUGGCCUCUGCUGAGUCUUUGGCUCAGAGACCCAUAAGGGGCUCCAGAACUGGGGAGAGGAGCAUCUAGGCCCCCCUUCUGCCUGUACCUCAAGGCAUGUGGAGAUUAAAAGCAAUUCCUAUGUC